AUGUUUCCUCGCUUUGCAGCAAAGAAAAAACGCGGACGAGCAGUGAUCUUCCCGCAAGAGAGAGCAGUGUUUGAACCGGGGUUCCCACCUGCACCUAUUGUGGUUGAGCAGAGGCUCCUACGCAACCAAUGUGAGGACGAGCAAGAGCUUGUCACCGAGUGCGACGUGGACGGACAGGAGUCCCCACGUUAUAACGGGAUAGUCGGAAAGGAGUUCCCAAUAUCGCCCACUGUGGUUGAAACGGGGUUCCCACAUGGGCAAUUUGUGGUAGAGCUGGGGCUCCCACACGGGGUUACAGCGAUUGAGAAGGGGCUCCCGCUUCAAGCGUCGACGGACGAGUAUGAGGUACUCCCGUCACGCGAUUUCGACAUCCUGGAUGAGGACAUCCAGUGUCUAGAGGAAGGUGAUGGGAUGUCACCCAGCUGCGGAUCGCCAGCUUCGAGCAUGAACUCGAAGCACGAUGGUGGCGCAAGCAUCAAAAAUGCAGCGUUGGAAUGCGUCCACGCUGUCUUGUACGUGGAAGGCAGUCCGCAAAGGCGGUAA